GGUUUACAAGACCGUUAUUCGUUCUGUGAAUAUUUAAAUAGUUGUCAUUCAUUGGGAUACUUCGUGAUAACAUACAUUUUUUACAAAUGUAACCGAUAUGUUAUAUUACAAUAUUAUAUGUUGCAAUUAUUAUUUACAACAAGACUGAGCCGAGUCGAGUUAAGUCGGCCAUUUUAAUUUGAUUUAAAUAUUUAAAAAAGGAACGAAGGAUCAAACGCUCGCAAAGAAUCUCUGCAGAUUACAUUUACGAUACGACACAGGCCAAGCCAGACGCAGUUUAACCUUUUUCAAAUAAAGAAUACAGUAACCGCGAAUAUUAUUUCUUAAUUUUUUCACUCAGUAUUAUUUGGACAUUAUUUAUAUUCGUGAUUAUUCUCACAUUUUUAUAUUGUUUAAUAAAAGUGUUGAUUGAGUCGUAAAUAUCUAUAGAACAUUGGUUAUUUGGUAGAUUUUGGUUUUGUGGUGUAUAAAGUGAAUUGAAAACAUGCUGGGGAAAAACGCGAAACUAUUUUUCUGUGGGUCCAUGGGUGUGCUGGUUGCGGCUAUAGCGAUGGCGGCAUGGGGAUUUCCGAAAAUUGUCCAGAGUCAAAUUAACAAGAAUUUACAACUGGAGAAUUCGUCAACCAUGUUUGAAAAAUGGCGUGUGGUACCAGUCCCACUCACGUUCAAAAUAUAUGUCUUCAAUGUCACCAACACAGACGAGGUCAACGAGGGGGCUAAACCCGCCCUGGACGAAAUAGGACCUUUUGUUUAUAAAGAAUACAGAGAGAAAAGGAUCUUGGGCUACGGAGAGAACGACACCAUCAGAUACAUGCUGAAGAAGACGUUCUACUUCGACGAGGAAGCAUCGGCACCGCUCACGCAAGAUGACGAAGUUACUGUUAUUAACUACUCCUACAUGGCUGCUCUACUGACAGUAAACGACCUGAUGCCAGCAGCAGUAGGGCUAGUCAACACGGCCCUCGGGAGCUUCUUCACCAACCUCACCGACCCCUUCAUGAGGGUCAAAGUGAGGGACCUCUUCUUUGACGGCAUCUUUCUCAACUGCAUUGGGGAAAACUCCGCUUUGAGUUUAGUGUGUGGAAAAAUAAAGGCGGAUAAACAACCAAACAUGCGGCCAGCAGAAGAUGGCAGCGGGUUUUAUUUCUCCAUGUUCAACUACCUGAACACUACAGAAUCUGGACCCUACGACAUGGUCCGCGGCAUCGAGAACAUCCACGAGUUGGGCCACAUCGUAGGCUUCGACGGUGCGCCCACCAUGCGCUACUGGGGCGAUCCCUACUGUGGGCAGCUCAAUGGAUCAGACGGCUCCAUAUUCCCACCGCUGAACCAAAUCGUGCCUGACAGGGUUUACAUUUUUGAACCGGAGAUAUGCAGAUCUAUGUCAGUGGGUCUAGUGGGAGAGAGGAACAUUUUCAACAUCAGCAGCUACUUGUAUGAAAUCGACGAAAGCGUUCUGGCGUCGAAACUCGCGAAUCGCAACAACAAAUGCUUCUGUAAGAAAAACUGGAGCGCGAACCACGACGGCUGUCUCCUCAUGGGGCUGAUCAACCUGGCUCCAUGCAGGGGCGCGCCCGCCAUCGCCUCGCUGCCACACUUCUACCUCGGCUCCGAAGAGUUGCUGGAGUACUUCGAGGAAGGCGUCAAACCAGAAAAGGAGAAACAUGAGAGCUUCGUCUACCUUGAUGCGACAACGGGCGUCGUAAUAAAAGGCCUUCAACGAAUCCAGUUCAAUAUUGAGCUACGAAAUAUGAAAAGCGUCCCGCAGCUGGAGAAAGUGCCGACUGGAGUGUUUCCUUUGCUUUGGAUUGAGGAGGGUGCAGAAAUACCAGCAGAGCUCCGCCAAGAGUUGCACCAAGCGCACACUCUGCUGGGAUACGUGGAGGCGCUGCGCUGGGCCAUCCUCGGGCUCGCCAUCCUGCUGAGCCUCGCCAGCGGCUGGUGCGCGUCGCGCGCCACCGGCGUGGGGCUGUGCGCGCGACAGCACAACAGUGUCAGCUUCAUUGGCAACAACUUUGAUCUUAAUAAAGGGUGAAUUGUA